UUUAGAAAAUCUAAAUUUAAAAAUUGGUUUUUCCAUGAUGGCAUCUGCUAAUUAUAGCAGAAAAAUGGCAGAUUUAGUGAAAGACCGGGAUAGAAAUAGUGCCAAUAAAGAAGGAUUGAGUUGUUCAGAUGGACAGCAGAGGAUUCCCAGUUCUGGAAAAGAUGUGGAUGGUGAGAAGAGGAAAUUUGAAGAGGAGGAGGAUAUUGAUGGAGUUGCCCUGGAUGACUCUGAGCCAAAGAAACAGAAAGUGAAUGUUGGGUUCACCAAAACCUUUGGAUCACUGAAAACUUUAAAAUUCAAUGAAAAGAAGAACCCAGCACCUAUUACAAUUAAAUUGGGGUCUCAGAAAGCAAAAGAAGGGAAACCAAUUUUACAAAAAGCAAGUGCCUCAGUCGCGUCUGCAUUCAAUCAAGAAAGUGAUGAAGAAGAAGAAAUGCCUCCAGAAGCUAGAAUGAGAAUGAGAAAUAUUGGAAGGGAUACACCAACAUCAGCUGGACCAAAUUCAUUUGGUAAAACAAGGCAGGGAUUUUGUGAUUCUAAGAAAGUCUUUGAACGUCAGCUAAAAGAAAAAAUGGAGCAGUUAGCUGAUGAAUAAAACGAAUUUCUACAUCUAAAGCAUUUGUAAAUUCUUCACAUUGUCAUGCCUAGUCUUGUCUGCAAUACUUUUCUGUAGAUAACUGAUGUAUUUGGCCCUGUGUUUGCUUUCUAAUGUACACUACUGUCAUGUAAAGUAUAUCUCAUUAACUACUUGUUAAAAAUUUUAUCUGUAAAACAAUUGAACAGUUCUGUAUGGCCACAAAUAAAGAUGUAAAUUUA